CAGAUCAACGUUUCCAAAAUUUAUUUUUAGGUUAAAAAUCGGAACUUGUAAUAGCUAAUAUAAUAUACCAUAUUGAGUCAAUUAAGCGCGAUAAUUAACUUAAACUUUAUCAUAAGUUAAAGCCAUGGCUGAAGCACCAGGUGAAAAGUUGUCAAAGAAUGAAUUAAAACGGCGAUUGAAAGCAGAGCAAAAGAUAAAAGAGAAGGCAGAAAAAGCCGCUCAGCAACCAGUCGUAAAUACGGAAAAGAAAGCCUCGAAGGUUAAUGAAGAGGAAAUCAGUCCAAAUGAGUAUUACAAGUUGCGAACGGCUGCCGUGGCGGCCCUGAAGGAGGGUCCCAAGGACCAGCACCCCUACCCACACAAGUUCAACGUUACGAUUUCUCUGGAGGAGUUCAUCAAUAAGUAUAAUCAUUUAGAAAAUGGAGAAGUCCUUGAAAAAGUUACAUUGAGUGUUGCAGGCAGAGUUCACUCUAUAAGAGAGUCCGGAGCAAAACUGAUCUUCUAUGAUCUGAGAGCAGAGGGGUUCAAAAUUCAGGUGAUGGCUAACGCCAAACUGUACGAGUCAGAGGAUAAGUUCGCCCCAGACACUGAUAAGUUACGGCGAGGCGACAUCAUCGGCUGCGUGGGGCAUCCCGGCAAGACCAAGAAGGGGGAGCUCUCCAUGGUGCCAAAGACCAUCAAGUUGCUCUCUCCCUGUCUUCACAUGCUGCCCCAUCUGCACUUUGGUCUGAAGGACAAAGAAACAAGAUUUAGGAAGAGAUACCUGGAUCUAAUUUUGAAUGAUAGGGUUAGACAAACAUUCUACACAAGAGCCAAAAUCAUCGCAUACAUUCGUCGAUUCCUGGACAACAUGGGCUUCCUCGAAAUAGAGACACCUAUGAUGAACAUGAUCGCCGGUGGCGCAACAGCUAAGCCUUUCGUCACACACCACAAUGAUCUCAACAUGGACUUGUUCAUGAGAAUAGCUCCAGAGCUGUACCACAAGAUGCUCGUUGUCGGAGGCUUGGAUCGGGUCUAUGAAAUUGGCAGACAGUUCAGAAAUGAAGGCAUUGAUAUGACUCACAAUCCUGAGUUCACUACUUGUGAAUUUUAUAUGGCCUAUGCGGAUUACAAUGAUUUGAUGACAAUGACAGAAACCAUGCUUUCUGGUAUGGUUAAGAGCAUCCAUGGAUCAUACAAGGUCAAAUACCAACCAGACGGGCCAGAUGGCGAGGAAGUAGAGAUAGAUUUCACUCCUCCAUUCGCGCGAGUACCCAUGAUCUCCACACUGGAGAGCGUCCUGAAGGUCAAACUGCCGCCUGCUGACAAACUGGAUACUGUUGAAGCCAACACGCUCCUUAGUCAACUGUGUGAGAAGCAUGAGAUUGAAUGCCCAGCCCCUCGCACCACUGCCAGGCUGCUCGACAAGCUGGUAGGCGAAUUCCUUGAAGAGAAAUGCAUCAACCCGACAUUCAUCCUGGACCAUCCGCAGAUCAUGAGCCCACUCUCUAAAUACCAUAGAGAGAUUCCUGGACUUACGGAAAGGUUUGAAGUAUUCGUAAUGAAGAAAGAGAUCUGCAACGCGUACACGGAGCUGAACGACCCGGCAACCCAGCGGGAGCGGUUCGAGCAGCAGGCGAAGGACCGCGCGGCGGGCGACGACGAGACGCCGCCGACGGACGAGGCGUUCUGCGCCGCGCUCGAGUACGGCCUGCCGCCCACCGGCGGCUGGGGCCUGGGCGUCGACCGGCUCACCAUGUUCCUUACCAACUCCAACAAUAUCAAGGAGGUGCUAUUGUUCCCAGCUAUGAAACCGGACGACCCCAACAAGCACAACACGGAAGACGGCAAUGCGGCUGCACCCGAGGCUCCAAAUGGAGUAUAACUUACUGAAGAUAAAUAUAUUUAUUCUCUUUUCGUCUUAUUCAUGUUUGUUUCUUAAUUAUUAUUUACAUAAGUGUAUCUUUGAUUUUGCUUACAAAUAAAUAACAAAAACAGUA